AUGGCUGAUGAGAACUGCACCGAGGUCACCCAGUUCACCUUCUCGGGACUCACAGAGCACCCACAACUGAAGCUCGUCCUCUUCAUGCUCUUCUUGGGCACCUACAUGUUGACGUUAGCUGGAAACCUCGGCCUGAUCGCCCUCAUCAGGGUCAGCCCCCAGCUUCACACCCCCAUGUACUUCUUCCUCAGUAACUUGUCCUUCUUAGACAUUUGCUACUCCACCACCAUCAGCCUCAAGAUGCUGCUGGACUUUCCAGCAAAAACCAAAGUAAUUUCUUUUACUGGCUGCCUCACGCAGAUUUAUUUCUAUACUGUUUUUGUUACAGCUGAGACUUACCUGCUGACUGCCAUGGCCUAUGACCGGUACGUGGCCAUCUUCAAGCCCCUGUUCUACAAGGUUGUCAUGUCCCCUGGUGUCUGCAUGAGCCUGGUCGCUGUGUCCUACCUUUCAGGGCUGCUCAAUGCCACCGUGCACACAAGCGCCUUGCUCCGGCUGUCCUUCUGCGGUUCCCUGAUCAUCAACAACUUCUACUGCGACGCGCCACCACUCCUUGUUGUCGCCUCCACUGACACGCACCUCAACGAGGGUUUAAUGUUUGUGAUUGUGGGUUUCAAUAUAAUCGCCACCAACCUGCUCAUCCUCACCUCCUACGCCUGCAUCGUGGUGGCCGUGGGCAGGAUGGGCUCCGCCACAGGCAGGCGCAAAGCCUACUCCACCUGUGCCUCCCACCUGACAACCGUCAUCAUUUUCGAUGUGUCUGCUUGUUUUAAUUACAUGCAACCCAUUUCAUCGAACUCACUGGAGAGCAAGAAAAUCGCAUCCAUCUUCUACACCAUUGUAGUCCCCAUGCUGAACCCCAUGAUUUACAGCCUGAGAAACAAGGAGGUGAAGCAUGCCCUUACCAGUUUUAUCAGGAGGAAAAUGUACUUCUGA